ACACACACACACACACGCACACGCACACGCACAUGCACACAUGCACGCACUUGACUCAGAGCUGCUGAAUUUAUUUCUUCCUCGCUACCUCUCCCUCUCUCUCUCUUCAUCAUCCUAACACACAGCCACACACACACACUAGAACCCGCCCUCCGCUAUGAGCAGCUGUUUCUGGUUGGCAGCGCCGUGCCGGGAGCGAGGAAUCAGCAGCAGCGGCGGCCCGGACGAGUCAUGGAUCGCUGGCUGGACCGGACCGCACUGGGCCUGGGCGUCACCGGUUGGCUGUGCAGCAUCUUCACCCGCUGCCUGUCGCUCUGGAAGGUGAGCGGCACCGUUGACAACGUCACCGCCACCCUGCCCGCGUACUGGGACGGGGUGUGGUUGGAUUGGGACCACUGGGACCUGGCGCACGACGGGAGUCUCCAUUGCUCAUUUUACCAGAGACUCAUGUCGCUCUCUGGAAACUUCCGCACGUGGAGGGCGCUGGUCGGGGCUGCGAUAGGAGCCGGGGCGUUCGCCGUGGCAGUGGGAACCGCGGGGAUUGUGUGGUUCCCAACGCGUGGUCAGGUGAAGUUGGCGUCCGGAGCGCUCUUUGUUGUGUCCGGGAUACUGUUGUUGGUUCCCAUGGCCUGGACGUGUCACCACACCAGUCAGCCUCUAGAGGGCGCCAAAGAUCUGCAGCGCGACUGGGGCCCGGCGCUCUACCUCGGCUGGAUCUCCUUUGCGUUGAUGGUCGCCGGGGGCGCGUUUCUGCUAACCCGGUGCCCACGGUCUCAAGAGCCCGUUGGGUCGUUGCCGGUGAGCAGGUACCCGCAACAGGAGGAGAGUGAAAACCCUCUGAGCACCAUCCAUAGAACAACGUUGACCAACAGCCAGUACAACAGGGCUCACUCUGAGCCCAUCUGAUGAUUCAAGUAUGUUAUACUCUAUGGACUCUUAUGGGUAACCACUAGGCCUACCUGUGGAAUGAAAAGCAGACCCCGUUGUCCUUGUUUGAACAGCAGGAGAGGCCUAAUGAUGUCUGCAUAAUACAGCACAAGUCUGUUUUUGCCUAUGUCAAACCGUUAUUGUGCCUAAUUGUUCAUGGGUUACCGGAAAUAUGCCACUUCCUAUACACGUUUAACAUUCCAAAUUACUUCCAUGGGAAUAACAAUUAUGUGUGAUACUAAAAUAGUUGGUAAUAUCUCUAAACUUUGUAUGUGUAGGAGGGGUAGCUGUCAUGCAUAGUAUGUUGGUUUUAAAUGUAAUUUGCUCUUCUAAAGAGUAGGCCUAUUCUCUUGAGUGUCAUUAUGAUGCCAUUAUCUUAGCCUAAUGGCAUUUAAGAUGAAGCCUUGCCAUACACCGUGAGGUGCCUUAUAAUAUGGAGUGAGAUGUUCAAGCUGUAUGUUAAAUUCAAUGGAAAUAUUGUACAUGCGCUUUUGGGAGUUUACUUAGAAUGCUGUUUACAUGUAAUAUACCGAACCUGAUUAAUAUAUUGUGUGGCCUUGUCUUAAAUAUGGUUUCCAGAGUAAUAUUCGUUUUUUAAAGCUGCCAUACAAAGUUUAAAUAAGAGUGACAAACACUACAGUGUGAAACAGAGUGUCUGGUAUAAGUGGAGGAUUGAUGGUUCAACACUCCCAAGUGGGAAGAGUCCUUGUGCUAAUGCUUACCCCAAAUAACCCAGCCUCCAGCAUGUGUUUUGAGCAGGGAUUAGUGAAUGUAUGUCCUCUGGUCUUGCUGGUGUGCUAACAGGUAGUAGGGCUAAUCUUACAUUGAGCUAUCACUGUGUUGUUGGGUCUCUCUCUCUAUCUCUCUCUGUGGAAUUAAACUUGACAUGAAACGUG